AUGUAUGUCAAGACCAAGCAGAAGCAGGUCAUUUAUAAGAAUUCAAACCCUCACCAUACCACCUGUAAAGCUCUUAAGAUUUGGGUGGAUAUUUUCAGUAGAGAUGAGACUUUUGAAAUCAAAAAUGAAAUAUCCUCUUAUGCCAGCAAGAAACUUGCAUGUAUAAGCCUCCCGAAGGGCAUGGAGACGUGCUACGCUGGAGAGAUUUCUAUGUACACAGAGAGAGAAAACAGAAUCCAGGUGGCAACUCUUGAGAAGACUCAGCUCAUUGCAAAGGAUUUUUCUGAGCUGCGCAUCCACUUCUGGCCCGACGAGAGAGCACUGAAGAAGGUUGUGACAGGAAAAGAGCAGAGAAUGACAGAGAGAGCAAAGAAAAGAAGGAAGAAGAAGCAUUUGAGCCGAUAG